AUGGAGGUCGGUUGGGGUCAGAAGGCUCAACAAAGGACGUACGUUAGUCGAGGCAAGACGACACAAGGCGGCGGCUACCACGCUAAAUCAGCCGCGAUUAUCAGUGAUGUUGCGAAGGGAAUGGAUAAAACAGCCAAGUUGUCGUCUAUGUUGGAUGCUUCUGCUGCUUCUGGCCACGCCCCGAGUCCUCCCCCACCAAGCCCCCCGCCCCCAAGUCCGCCGCCACCCCAGCCACCCCCUCCCAGCCCUCCUCCCCCUGAUCCUCCACCUCCAAGCCCGCCGCCUCCUUCUCCGCAGCCACCAAGCCCCCCACCUCCCUACCCUCCCAGGCCCACCUUGCCGCCCCUUCCCCCUCGGGCUCCAAGACAUCCUCCCGGCGUCCUCGAUCCACCCGCGCCAGUGUCGUACGGUGGGAUGUACCCCGGACCGCAGGAGAGUUACGUUGCCUUCCUGACUGGCGCAGCCAGCUCCUGGCUGUCGUACUAUUACGGUUACCAGGUUCGGUUCACAGUGAUGCUCAUUGCGCUGCUAUCCAGCAAUGAUCCCCUUGGCCUGGAGUAUGUACGAGUGCUGUACAGUUUGGCGGAUAUGACCCGGCUAGUGGGUUUGGUGCUUAAACCCUUCAUUCGGCUCCAGAAGUUUGAGCACUCUUCAGCUCCACCGGACCGGUUCCGGAGCCGGUGUCCGCCCCAGCCAUCUUCUACAACACCUCCAUCGCCACCGCCAAAGCAAGCAAGCCCUCCACCGCCCUUGCCUAUUGUCCCUCCCCCAUCACCUCCAUUACCUCCCCAGCCACCUUCCCCAACUUCUCCAUCGCAACCGCCAAAGGAAGCAGCCCCUCCACCGUAUUCACCUCCUUCCACUCCCCCAUCAACUCCCAGCCCGCCCCAGCCACCUUCUCUAACGCCUCCAUCGCCACCGCCAAAGCAGGCAAUUCCUCCUCCGCCCUCGCCUCCAUUCUCUCCCCCAUCACCUCCCAGCCCGCCACAACCACCUCCUCCAACCCCUCCAUCGCCACCGCCAAAGCAAGCAAGCCCUCCUCCGCCCUCGCCGCCUUUCCCUCCCCCAUCAACUCCCAGUCCGCCACAACCACCAUCUACAAUCCCUCCAUCGCCACCGCCAAAGCAAGCAACCCCUCCUCCGCCCUCGCCGCCUUUUCCUCCCCCAUCAACUCCCAGCCCGCCCCAGCCACCUCCUCUAACGCCUCCAUCGCCACCGCCAAAGCAAGCAACUCCUCCUCCGCCCUCGCCUCCAUUCUCUCCCCCAUCACCUCCCAGUCCGCCACAACCACCUUCUCCAACCCCUCCAUCGCCACCGCCAAAGCAAGCAACCCCUCCUCCGCCCUCGCCGCCUUUCCCUCCGCCAUCACCUCCCAGCCCUCCCCAACCACCUUCUACAACCCCUCCAUCGCCAGCGCCAAAGCAAGCAAGCCCUCCACCGCCCUCGCCUCCCUUCCCUCCCCCAUCACCUCCCAGCCCGCCCCAGCCACCUUCUACAACACCUCCAUCGCCACCGCCAAAGCAAGCAAGCCCUCCUCCGCCCUCGCCGCCAUUCUCUCCCCCAUCACCUCCCAGCCCGCCCCAGCCACCUUCUCAAAUCACCUCCAUCGCCAACACCAAAGCAAGCAAGCCCUCCACCGCCCUCGCCUCCAUUCCCUCCGCCAUCACCUCCAAUCCGCCACAACCACCAUCUACAAUCCCUCCAUCGCCACCGCCAAAGCAAGCAAGCCCUCCACCGCCCUCGCCUCCUUUCCCUCCCCCAUCACCUCCCACCACCUUCUACAAGUCCCUCCUCGCCACCGCCAAAGCAGGCAAUCCCUCCUCCGCCAUCCCACCACAACCUCCCCCACCCCUCCAAGCCCGCCACAACCACCAUCUACAUCCCUCCAUCGGCACCGCCAAAGCAAGCAAGCCCUCCACCGCCCUCGCCUCCUUUCCCUCCCCCAUCACCUCGCAGUCCGCCCCAGCCACCCUCUCAAAUCCCUCCAUUGCCACCGCCAAAGCAAGCAAGCCCUCCCACGCCCUCGCCUCCUUUCUCUCCGCCAUCACCUCCCAGUCCUCCCCAACCACCAUCUACAACUCCUCCAUCGCAACCGCCAAAGCAAGCAAGCCCUCCACCGCCCUCGCCUCCUUCCCUCCCCCAUCACCUCCCAGCCCGCCCCAGCCACCUUCUCUAACACCUCCAUCGCCACCGCCAAAGCAAGCAACCCCUCCACCGCCCUCGCCUCCUGUCCCUCCCCCAUCACCUCCCAGUCCGCCACAACCACCAUCUACAAUCCCUCCAUCACCACCGCCAAAGCAAGCAAGCCCUCCACCGCCCUCGCCUCCUUUCCCUCCCCCAUCACCUCGCAGUCCGCCCCAGCCACCCUCUCCAACCCCUCCAUCGCCACCGCCAAAGCAAGCAAGCCCUCCACCGCCCUCGCCUCCUUUCUCUCCGCCAUCACCUCCCAGUCCGCCACAACCACCAUCUACAAUCCCUCCAUCGCCAGCGCCAAAGCAAGCAAGCCCUCCACCGCCCUCGCCUCCUGUCCCUCCCCCAUCACCUCCCAGUCCGCCCCAGCCACCUUCUACAACACCUCCAUCGCCACCGCCAAAGCAAGCAAUCCCUCCACCGCCCUCGCCUCCUGUCCCUCCCCCAUCACCUCCCAGUCCGCCACAACCACCAUCUACAAUCCCUCCAUCGCCAGCGCCAAAGCAAGCAAGCCCUCCACCGCCCUCGCCACCUGUCCCUCUCCCAUCACCUCCCAGUCCGCCCCAGCCACCUUCUACAACCCCUCCAUCGCCACCGCCAAAGCAAGCAACCCCUCCUCCGCCCUCGCCGCCUUUCCCUCCCCCAUCACCUUCCACCCCGCCCCAGCCACCCUCUCCAACCCCUCCAUCGCCACCGCCCAUGCAAGCAAGCCCUGUUCCGCCAUCGGCACUGCCACCGAACCCUUUAUCACCGGUACCACAAGCUAACCGACCGCCACCGACAUUUCCAUCUCCACCCCCUUCCAUGCAAGAUGUAAUUGUGAGCGAUUUCUUGUGCGGGUACGCUUCGGGUGUAGACUACACCAACACAACGGAUGCAUGCCUCGGCGCGACGUUUGCCAUCCAAUCCAUGAUUGGCAGUGCCAGCGCCGUGCUCAAUUUCGUGGUGUCCUCCUACAUUAGCAGCCCUCAUCAAAGCCCCAUCCACGGAGGCUAUGGCGUAACCUUUUUGGACUUGAGCCGACAACUGUCAGAUCCCAACAUGCGUGUCACACAUUUGAGCGCAUGUUGCGCAGGCCAGGGGCCUUGGGGCAACGCCGUUCGACAACUCACUCUGCGCACGGCAAACGGCACUGUCCUCCGGAUUGGCGAUAACUGCACUUCCCCGCAGCGGGAGCUGGCUGUUCCCGCGGGAUACACCUUUGCCGGCCUUGUCACGCAAUCCCCCGCCGAUGGCAGCGACAACUGGGUGCAUCGGGUGGCGCUCGUCGCACCCACCUGCACCGCCUACGCCUCCUCCCUUUCCGCCUAUAGAGCCUUCAGUGCUUGUGCACAUAUGCGCAUCGAAUACCACGACCUUAUUUGCACUCACGCCUUCUAUGCAGAUGUGUACAUCAGUCCCUUCCUUUGUGGGCUUACCUCCGGCAUCAAGUACCUGACCAAAUCAGACGUAAGCCUGGCGGUCACUUACCCCAUCGAGUCCAUUUCAUGGCAAGCCGAAGGCGGCGUCCUUUACUCCGCGCUGUCCUACUACGAUUGCGGCCAACGGCAAGGGCCCCAGCACGGAGUGGCAGCGUACAUGCUAUCAGCGAAUCGCUCCGUAUUAGAACUUCGGUCGCAGCUGGCAGACCCAAAGACACGCAUUACACACUUCAGCGCGUGUUGUACAUACCUUCCGCGGGACUUCAAAUACAAUUUCACAAGCAAAGUCAUGCUGCGCGCUGCCAAUGGCAUGCAGUACGAUAUGGCCAGCAGCGGAGACACAGCUAGUUCGUGCAGCUACACCCCGCCAUGGAUCGACAUCCCUGAAGGCUACACCUUUGCUGGGCUCGUCACUCAGUCACCAGCGGACAGAGGAGCCGAAUGGGUUCAUCGCGUCGCUUUUAUUGCCGUGCGUUAUCCGCCAGGAGCAAGAGCCCCUGGAGUAUGUCCGCCAUCUCCGCCAACAGGAUCCCCGCCACCGCCACCGCCGCUCCGAGCUGAUGAUGUGUUCAAGAGCCCCAGUUUCUGCGGCUACCCAAGCGGUCAAGGGUACACCAAUACCACGGAUGAACACGUCAGCAAGGUGAACCCAAUUCGAACCCUGUCCGGGUACGCAGACGCGGUACUACGGUUUGCGGUAUCCACCUAUGGCUGCGAUGGGCGAGUCCAGGGCCCCAUUCACGGUGAUAACAGCGCGACAAUGACGACGCGAAAUAUCUCCCUGGACCUCCGGUCACAGUUAACCGAUUCCAAGAUGUUCAUUACGCACGUCAGCACUUGCUGCGCGUCAAAAGAGUACGGCUUUGCUGCCCAGCGCAUCCUGCUCCGGACGGCCAACGGCACAGAGCUCAGCAUAGGAGAUUCGUGCACCACACCACAGGCAUGGGUUGCCAUCCCGGAGGGCUACGUUUUCUCCGGUCUACUGACAAGGUCGGCUGCUACCAACGGCAGUAGUGAACCAUGGAUACAGCAGUUGAUGUUCAUCGCUACCCGUAAGUAUCGGAGUCCGUAG